UGAGCAAUGCAACAAAAACGCACCGUGGAGGCGCACGAUGUUCAGGCCUGAAGGGGAGAAGCUUGUUGGGACUGUCACAGUUUAAGUGCACAGUCGCAACAAAGCGAAAAGUGCAUCCAGCCCAGAUGGAAAUCAUUUGAAUUAGCAGUCGACGCGCUGUUAGCAAGUCAUUAAAUGUUUCUAAAAUACAGACGAGCGUCCUGACAAAAUGACCCGUUUGGACUGCGGGCUUCACGCUUUUGGACAAGGAGUUUCUCCCAUUCACUUCUUCGUUGCACUUCUCACCGUCCUGGAAAACUGCAAAACGUUGGGAUUAUCACAUGAACCAGAGAGAUUUCUGCAGGAUUUGCCUCAGUAUGAAAUUGUUCGCCCCACUAGAGUGGAUGCCAGAGGUCGCUUCCUGUCCAACUUCCUGUCUCACCAUGCUCGCCGAGUGCAGCGCCGGGAAGCCUCAGAGGGACCAGUGCACUUAGAUCGAGUUUUCUACCAGUUGUGGCUCCACGGCCACAGUUUGAACUUUAACCUCACCCUCAACCCACACCUGCUAGCUCCAGGCUUCUUGACGGAGAGGAGGUACGGUGGCCUGGAUGGGGCCCAGAUCCAUCCUCCUGGAUCGUCCCAGUGCCAUUUCUUCGGUGAAGUGUGGGAUGGGGCCACUGUUAAAGGGAACGCAGCCAUAAGUACCUGUGAUGGACUGACGGGACUGUUCAAGUUGUCUGAUGAAGAGUUUUUUAUUCAACCUCUGGAGAAACUGAGCGAUGAGACCUCAGCACCACAGGCCCAUGCCGUCUACAAACGCCACGUGUCCCCUCCCUCCUGGAGUCCAGUCAUACAGCCGAUCUCAGGGAAACAACCUCUCAACGGUACCUGUGGAGUCAAAAAUUCCCCUCAAAGUUUUGAAGACACUGAGAAACGUCGGGAGCGCUGGGAGCACCGCCAGCGGAGGAGGAGGAGAAUUCGUCAACGGUCAGUCAGCAAAGAGAAGUGGGUAGAGACGCUGGUGGUGGCCGACCCUAAAAUGGUAGAGUACCAUGGGAGCAAAGCUGUGGAGAGCUACGUCCUCGCUGUCAUGAACAUUGUGGCGGGUCUAUUCAGAGAUGCCAGUAUUGGAAACGCAAUCAACAUAGUAGUCGUUCGACUCAUCCUACUGGAACAGGAUGAGGACGACUUAAAGAUUACCCACCAUGCGGACAACAGCUUGAACAGCUUCUGUAAGUGGCAGAAGAAACUCAACAUGAAAGGAGACGAACAUCCACUGCACCACGAUGUCGCGGUUCUGCUCACCAGGAAGGACAUCUGUGCAGCCAUCAACAUACCUUGUGAGACUCUGGGUCUCUCUCAUGUGGCGGGGAUCUGUCAGCCGCAUCGCAGUUGCAGCAUUAGUGAGGACACAGGCCUCCCAUUGGCCUUCACUGUAGCGCACGAGCUGGGACACAACUUUGGGAUUCAGCAUGAUGGCAACGGUAAUGACUGUGAACCCAUUGGGAAACGACCUUUCGUCAUGUCUCCACAGCUCCUGUAUGGCACCUCCCUGCCCAGGUGGUCACUCUGCAGUCGCCAGUAUAUCACCCGCUUCCUAGAUCGCGGCUGGGGCUGGUGCCUUGAUGAUGCCCCGGUGAAGGAUAAGCUGUCUCUGGACUCGGUGCUUCCUGGGGUUCUGUACAGCGCUGCCCAUCAGUGUCGGCUGCAGUAUGGAUCUGGGUCACUGCUCUGUGAUGACAUGGACAAUGUGUGCAGCACUCUGUGGUGCACUGUGGGAACAACCUGCCACUCAAAGCUGGAUGGGGCUGUGGAUGGGACCAGUUGUGGUGAGGAUAAGUGGUGUUUCGGUGGGGAGUGUGUAGUGUUUGGAUUUAACCCUGAGAGCGUAAAUGGGGGCUGGGCAUCCUGGAGCGAGUGGUCAGCCUGUUCCAGGACAUGUGGGGCUGGUGUCCAGAGUGCCCAGAGAGACUGUGACAACCCAGUUCCGAAGUACAGAGGGAAGUAUUGUCUGGGAGAACGACGCAGGUACAAGGUCUGUAACAUCACACCAUGUCCUUAUGACCUGCCCACCUUCAGAGACAUCCAGUGUAGUCACUUUAACACCAUGCCAUACAAGGGAAAGUUCUACCAGUGGGAAGCAGUCAUCAACAGAGUCAACCCUUGUGAGCUGCACUGCCGUCCACUGAAUGAGCAUUUUUCUGAAAAGAUGCGGGAUGCCGUCACCGAUGGGACACCGUGCUAUGAAGGCAACAAAAGCAGAGAAAUGUGCAUCAGUGGCAUCUGUAAGAAUAUAGGCUGUGACUAUGUGAUUGACUCCAGUGCUGUAGAGGAUCGCUGUGGGGUGUGCCAUGGAAAUGGUUCGACCUGCACAACUGUGAAGAGAACAUUUGAGGAGAGUGAAGGACUUGGCUAUGUAGAUAUUGGACUGAUUCCAGAGGGAGCCUGGGACAUCCGGAUUGAGGAGGUGGCUGAAGCGGGGAAUUUCUUGGCGCUAAGAAGUGACAACCCUAACAAGUAUUUUCUGAACGGUGGCUGGACGAUCCAGUGGAAUGGAGAGUACAAGGCAGCUGGGACAGUAUUCACUUAUGUGAGGACAGGACACCUGGAAAACCUAACGUCUCCGGGGCCCACCAUGGAGCCGCUGUGGAUUCAGCUUCUCUUUCAGGAGACCAAUCCAGGAGUGCGGUACGAGUACACAAUCAGUCGAAAUGUCUCACAGGACAACGACAUACCUGUGUCAGUUUUCUUCUGGAAAUACGGUUCAUGGACUGAAUGUAGUGUUACCUGUGGAACAGGUGUUCAGAGGCAGAUUGUUCACUGUGUGGAAAAGACAACUGGGAUAGUGGAGGAGCACUUCUGUGACCCCUUAACCCGACCUGACGAUAACCAGACCAACUGUAACAAGGAUCCAUGUCCAGCAAUAUGGUGGGUUGGGGAAUGGCAGACAUGCUCAGCGAGCUGCGGAAGCUCGGGCCUGGCUAAAAGGACAGUGCUCUGCAUCCAGGCAGUGAGCGUGGAGGAGCAGAGAGCCCUGCAGCCCAGCGAAUGCGAACACAUGCCCAAACCCGAGUCACUAUCCUCGUGCAAUACACACAUCCCCUGUCCAUCAGACUGGGCCACUGGCAGCUGGUCAAAGUGCUCGCUGACCUGUGGAAGUGGAGUACGGCGCCGUAACGUAACCUGCUCUAGAAACACAGGCGCUGACUGUGACCCACAAAAGAAACCUGCAGCAGUCAGUUCCUGUCACAUUCAGGACUGUCCGCAGGUUGUGGAUAACUUUGGAGGCAUCGACUGGUCUGGAAGUGGCUGGUCGAGCAAAGAAGUGCUCAAUGAAAUUAACUCCAUACCUGAAGCCAAACCUCCUCCCAAAUACAGCACCACCAGAGCCCAGCCAAGAAAUCAUAAUAACCUCAACAACAUUGUUGAGCGAGAUUUUCACUACCACAAUAACAUUGAAAAUAUUGAGCAGAACAGCGUCCAAGUUGAUGAUUUUUACUAUGACUAUAACUUUAUCAACUUCCAUGAGGACUUGUCGGAUGACUUUGAGAGCGAUGGGGUAGAUUCUGGGGACAGUCACAGAUUCAGUGCUCCACAGGACGACAAGCCCACCCACAGUGUGCAAGAAAAUGCCUUCAUGGAAACUACAAGAGCUCCCACAGCUACUUCAGCCAUUUCUACAAUUUCAAAGGCCACUGCUUACACUUUGAACACUGAAGAGCCACAGAACACAAAUGUGGACAUUGUGACGGACAGUGGAAAUGCAGCAACAAAGGAGUCUAUACAAAUGAAUAUUGAAAAUUUGGACGACUUUCUCUCUGAGGAUUAUCUUCUGCCUGUGUCGGCUACUCACUCACCACCGUUGUCUACAACACCACAUUCACAAACUCUAAAAGAGAGACAUGACGGUGUGUGGUGGCCUGAAAAUAUUGGCACAAUGCCUAGUCUGGAUUUCACUACAAAGGAACCUAGACAGGAUGUGAAAUGGGGGCAAUAUGGGGAGGAGGCUGAAAAUAACUAUGACAAUUUUGAGGAGGAAAAUCACCCUGAGGAUGUCACUGUGAUUCCAGAACAGGAUGAUCCCACUCAUGGACAUCAAACAGUUACCAGUACUAUUGCCACUACUACAGUGAGUUCUCAGGAAUCGGAGAAACAUGAUGAUUAUCAGUACAGUUACAAUGAAAUAACUACACCAAAUCUGGAUAUCUCUGCAGACCAACAAGGUACAGAACCACUUGGCUCUCCCACACCAGAAACUAUUCAGGUUCAGACUGAAGUCCAACUGGAUGAAAGUGCUUCAGAAAUACCUCAAACAACCAGUCAAUCAAUAAUAUUUCCAGAUGCCUUCACGCUGGAGGAUUCGGACUUGGAUCAGGCUCAUUUUAAUACAGUAUAUGCCACCAGUGAGGGUAAUUCAUGGGAUACAGACCUUGACCUCAGCACAACCUCGCUUCCUGCCUCUCAGAAAUCCACCCCUCUCCCCAUUCCCUUUCUGCCAAUCUCAGGUAACCGAGAGGCCUCUGAUGACUCCACAAGUUUAACUGGAACAGAAACCAUACCUCCUACAAACCUGGAGGGAGCCACUCAGCCUUCUCCAGCUGAUUUCCUGCCAGCUGCAAUAAUGGAGCAGAUAUCUACAACACCUGUCUUCACUGAAAGUACUGGAACAGAUUCCACAUCCAAAGCUCCACCAUUGGAUUUAGCCGAUUUUGAUUACAAUGAAAUAGUCGUUCCCUCGAUGUUGAGGAGAAGCGGUGACAGUGAUCCAGGCCUUUCUCAUCAGCUUCCAGCAAACUCAGCAGCCACUCCUCAACAUAGAACAACUCCAGUAAAGCACACAGAAUCACCAACACCCGCUGUGCUCCCUUUGCCAACCCAUCCACCUAUUUUGAGACCACUUCCAAUGCCAACAUCUGCCCAAACUUCAGCUUCUCCAGAAGUCACUACGACCGCCUACUGGGUCACCAGCAACUGGAGCGCUUGCUCCACCACCUGUGGUCUUGGUGCUAUCUGGAGGACUUUGGCUUGCAGUACUGGCUCAGACUCUGACUGCGAUCCAGCAAAGAGGCCCGCUCCAGCCCAGCGGUGUUACCUGCGUCCGUGCUCCAUGUGGAAAGUUGGGGAAUGGAGUAAGUGCUCCAAGAAUUGUGAAAGCGGCAUUAAAUCACGAGAGGUCCAGUGUUUUGACAUGCGGGAUCAGAGGCCUCUGCGACCUUUCCACUGCCGGGCCAUGUCCUCCAGGCCACAGACCCAACUACCCUGUAACUCUCAACCAUGUCUUGACUGGUACACCUCCUCCUGGGGUCAGUGCUCUGAGGUGUGUGGAGGAGGUGAGCAGCAGCGUAUAGUCACCUGUCCCGAGGAGGAUCUAUGCGACAGGGACCUUCAGCCCAGCAACAUCCAAUCAUGCAACAGCCAGCCUUGUGCUCAGUGGCUUACUGGAUCUUGGGGACAGUGUUCAGCUUCUUGUGGUGGCGGGGUGCAGCAUCGACUCAUCAAAUGUGUUAACACAAAGGCUGAGACAGAAGAAGAAGUGGAGCAAGCUCAGUGUGACCAUGAGCCACAGCCUGAGAGCACACAGAAGUGUAACUUACAGGAGUGUGAGAGCGCCCCCGCUGGAACAGUUUGUGUUCGUGAUCGGCUAACGUUUCGUUUCUGCCAGACCCUCCGCUUGCUUGGCCGUUGUCACCUGGCCAACGUACGAGCACAGUGCUGCAGAACCUGCAGCCAGCGUUCCCGCCCCAGCAGCACAUCUCGCCGCUGAGGCGCAGCAAAGUAACCACUCACACGCCUCAUCAACAGGCGCACUGAUUGCACCACGGAGUGAUGAAAUAUAAAUCACUGUUUAAAGUCAACAAUCUGAGCCUUCUCCUGAUUUCUCCACCACUACAGACUAAUCACAAAUUAGCCUGACUCUAAAUCUACACCAUGUUUGUGCUGGUGAAAUUAUUACAUAUAUCUGAAAGUAAUCGGGACUAUAACAAAGCAUUGCCUCUCUCUUAGCUAAACAAUGAGAAUGUAAAUAUUUGUUAGCAUUUUUUACAUUAUACAGUCUGACCAGAAUGAAAUUUUAUGAAUCAAAAUUUCCUUGUUACAGAUGCAGGGCUACAUGAAAUAGCAAAGUCUCCAGUGAGUGUAGCCAGCUUAUUAACAUACACACAUGUAGAAAAAACCACUCAUUCAUUUUUAUGGUUGGUACAAUGCUUUCAUUUCACUGACAGCAGCAAAAACUGUACAGAUUGAAACAAACAGGUUUAAAAUUCGCAGUGUGGUUUUAUGUAUAAUGUGGUACAAGUCUGAUGUAGCUAAAACUAAGUGGUGCAUAAAUGCUUCAUGUGAAAUUAGUAAACUACUGACCGUUUACUAAGCCCUGAUCCCCCCUCAGUGACUGUUUCUAUGCCUGUUGCGCGUUUCGGACAAAGCACAAUUUCUCAGGAAGAAAGUUGAAAUGACUAAAACUGGUGGUCAUAACGUAAACGUAGAGGGUUUUUAUCUGUAUUGCAGAUAUUGUUAAAAGAAAAAAAAUAAUAAUAUGAGAACACAGAAUGGGAGAAAAACACUUCCAAAACCAACGUCUCAUCCCACUCCGCGACUCUACUCACACCGCUUCAACAUGUGGAGAGAUCCAGAGCUUGACAGUUACAGUUGCUAAGUUAUGAUUGGACAGUUGCUGUUGGGGGGAAGAGUUAUAGCAAACGGUCAGUAGAAAUGUCCACAGCAGCUUGUAAAAAGCAGCCUGUGAAGCAGUUGUAGCAGUAACAGUCGUGUAAUGUCACGUUUUGGCUUUACCACUCACUUUGUCACAAGUCACAAAGUUAAGAUGUAAAUGUGAAAAGUGGAGCUGCAGGAAAUACUUGGUGCUAGAGGCCACACAGGCUCCAGACAUUUUGGGUCAGGUAUUGGCAGGCCCAGUGCCUUAUCUACUUGAAUAUUGGGUAAUUUCACGUUAUGAUUUUUUAUUAACCACUUGAUUGAAAUAUUAGUCAAAAUCAGAAUUUUUUUGUAGAAUAAAUGUUUAGUAAAGUAAAGUAGUGUAAAGUGUUCAAAAUGGAGGGAAGUAAUGUGUCAUAUCACAUUAGGUUUAGUGAGGUUAAUUGUAAAGUCAAGUAGAUAUAAACGUAUAUAAAUAUUUUUACUUUUACAACCAUGGUUUUCCUGCAUUUCAUCAUUGGAAGCAGUGACACAUAUCUAGGCUGCAAUUCAGAGUCUUUUCAGCAGGAAUUGAAAAGUCCAGUCCAGUCCAGGCAGCUGCCGUUCCAUCAUAUUCCCCUGUAUAUCUUAAUGCUGUUUAAUGUCUAAUGUUGG